UCGGGAGCAUCCCUGAGAGGAGGGAGCGCUCGUUUUUUGGUUUUGACUAUCACUGAAGAACCACUGAGUUAUAUUUUGUCACGUUUCAUAACAGACUGUGUGUGACGCCGCAGAAUGAUCCCGGGCCCUGCCGAGCCUUGUGGAGUCUGAGGCCCGCACAGAGAUCCACCUUGCACCGGCAGAAAGGACCCUCACUGACCGCCUCGCCUCCAGCAGCAGCAGCAGCAGCCAGCCCAAGGCAGGAUGUCAAGCCCCGAAGGGAGUCUCUCCAGGGGCGGCGGCUCCGACCGUGACUUGAAAAUGGCCUCUUCGAGCAACACAUCCCCCGAGGGUGGACCUCCACCACCGCUGCACCAGAACCGUAUACGGCAGUCUGACAGUAACACCAGUUUCCUGCGGGCUGCCAGAGCGGGGAACAUUGACAAAGUCCUUGACUUCCUGAAAAAUGGAGUAGACAUCAGUACCUGCAACCAGAAUGGUCUGAAUGCACUACAUCUGGCAGCGAAGGAGGGGCACAAGGAUUUAGUGGAGGAACUGUUGGAGAGAGGAGCACCUGUUGACUCCUCCACUAAGAAAGGAAACACUGCCCUCCAUAUUGCUUCGUUGGCUGGUCAAAAAGAAGUAGUCAGAUUACUGGUGAACAGAGGAGCAGAUGUCAACUCUCAGUCACAGAAUGGCUUCACUCCCCUCUACAUGGCAGCCCAGGAGAAUCACUUGGAGGUGGUGCGAUAUAUUUUGGAAAAUGAUGGGAACCAAAGUAUUGCAACAGAGGUAGAUGGCUUUACUCCACUGGCCAUCGCUCUCCAGCAGGGCCACAACUCGGUGGUCUCCCUGCUGCUGGAGCACGACACCAAGGGUAAGGUUCGCCUCCCAGCCCUGCACAUCGCAGCCCGCAAAGACGACACAAAGUCUGCCGCACUGCUGCUCCAGAAUGACCACAACGCUGACGUCCAGUCUAAGAUGAUGGUCAAUAGAACCACGGAGAGUGGGUUUACCCCUCUGCACAUCGCGGCUCACUAUGGUAAUGUGAAUGUCUCCACCCUGUUGCUGAACAGAGGAGCUGCUGUGGACUUCACAGCCAGGAAUGGGAUUACGCCUCUCCAUGUGGCCUCCAAGAGAGGCAACACCAACAUGGUGGCCCUGCUGUUGGACCGAGGAGCUCAGAUAGAUGCUAAGACCAGGGAUGGCCUGACCCCCCUGCACUGUGCAGCCAGGAGUGGACAUGACCCAGCAGUGGAAAUUCUGCUGGAGAGAGGAGCUCCCCUCUUAGCCAGAACCAAGAACGGACUGUCCCCACUGCACAUGUCGGCCCAGGGAGACCACGUAGAGUGUGUCAAACUCCUGCUGCAGCACAAGGCGCCUGUUGAUGAUGUCACACUGGACUACCUCACAGCGCUGCACGUUGCAGCUCACUGCGGCCACUACAGAGUCACCAAGCUUCUGCUGGACAAAAAGGCCAAUCCAAACGUUCGAGCACUGAAUGGGUUCACUCCUCUCCAUAUCGCUUGUAAGAAGAACCGGGUGAAGGUGAUGGAACUGUUGGUCAAAUAUGGAGCCUCCAUUCAGGCCAUUACUGAGUCUGGUCUGACUCCCAUCCAUGUAUCUGCCUUCAUGGGCCACCUCAACAUCGUUUUACUUCUGCUACAAAACGGAGCAUCUCCUGACGUCCGUAACAUUCGUGGUGAGACAGCUCUCCACAUGGCAGCACGAGCAGGUCAGAUGGAAGUGGUUCGCUGCUUGCUGAGGAACGGAGCGUUGGUGGAUGCCAUAGCCAGGGAGGACCAGACUCCCCUUCACAUAUCGUCCCGUCUGGGGAAAACUGAUAUUGUCCAGUUGCUGCUGCAGCACAUGGCCCAUCCAGAUGCUGCCACCACCAACGGCUACACUCCCCUCCACAUUUCAGCCAGGGAGGGCCAGGUCGAGACUGCUGCCGUGCUCCUGGAGGCCGGAGCCUCACACUCAAUGGCCACAAAGAAAGGAUUCACUCCAUUACAUGUAGCAGCUAAAUAUGGAAGCCUCGAUGUAGCAAAACUUCUCCUUCAACGCAAAGCUCUCCCUGAUGAUGCUGGCAAGAAUGGCUUGACCCCGCUACAUGUGGCAGCUCAUUAUGACAACCAGGAAGUAGCUCUGAUGCUGCUAGAUAAAGGGGCGUCGCCUCAUGCUACUGCAAAGAAUGGCUACACGCCUCUACACAUUGCAGCCAAAAAGAACCAGACAAACAUCGCAUUAGCGCUGCUGCAGUAUGGGGCAGAGACCAACGUUCUGACCAAGCAGGGAGUCAGCACGCUGCACCUGGCAGCCCAGGAAGGACACGCUGAGAUGGCCAGCCUGCUGCUGAGCAAAGGCGCUCAUGUCAACACAGCCACGAAGACCGGACUGACGUCUCUACAUCUCGCAGCCCAAGAAGACAGAGUCAAUACGGCAGAAAUACUGGCCAAACAUGAUGCCAACUUGGAUCAGCAAACUAAGCUCGGAUAUACUCCUCUGAUAGUGGCCUGUCACUAUGGAAAUGCCAAGAUGGUGAACUUCCUGUUACAGCAAGGUGCCAGCAUCAACGCCAAAACCAAGAAUGGGUACACACCCCUUCACCAGGCAGCACAACAAGGGAAUACACACAUUAUCAAUAUGUUGCUACAACAUGGUGCCAAGCCCAAUUUAACUACAGUGAAUGGAAACACGGCUCUGUCUAUUGCCAGACGUUUAGGUUACAUCUCUGUAGUGGACACACUGAAAGUCGUCACUGAGGAGGUCAUCACUACCACAACGACAAUCACAGAGAAACACAAGCUGAAUGUUCCUGAGACCAUGACCGAGAUCCUUGAUGUGUCUGAUGAAGAAGGCGAGGACACUAUGACAGGUGAUGGAGGAGAGUAUCUUAGAGCGGAGGACCUCAGGGAGCUGGGAGAUGACUCACUGCCGGGACACUACCUGGAUGGCUUCAACUACAUGAGCCACAACCUGGACAGGCCGCAGCACACUCCCAUUCACCAAAGUUUCCAUCAGAGAGAGGGAGUUCUCAUCGAAGACAUGCUUACAAGCCACCAGGUGACUGCACUGUCUAGAGAGCACGAUAAGGACUCGUUCCGUCUGAGCUGGGGUGCUGAGCACCUUGAUAAUGUGGUGCUGUCCUCCAGUCUGCUACACUCUGGCCGUUCCUCUCCAUGCCUAGACCAUGACAACAGCAGCUUCCUGGUCAGCUUCAUGGUAGAUGCCAGGGGCGGGGCCAUGCGUGGUUGCCGUCACAAUGGCCUGCGAAUCAUUGUGCCACCAAGAAAGUGUUCUGCACCCACGCGGGUGACAUGCAGGCUGGUGAAGAGGCACCGUCUGGCCUCCAUGCCCCCUAUGGUGGAGGGUGAGGGGCUGGCUGGUCGUAUCAUUGAAGUGGGACCCACUGGAGCACAGUUCCUUGGUAAGCUCCACCUUCCCACAGCUCCGCCCCCUCUAAAUGAGGGCGAGAGCCUGGUCAGUCGCAUCCUGCAGCUGGGUCCACCAGGAACCAAGUUCCUCGGGCCUGUGAUUGUGGAGAUUCCCCAUUUUGCAGCCCUGCGGGGAACAGAGAGAGAGCUGGUGAUCUUGAGGAGUGAGACAGGGGAGAGCUGGAGGGAACACCACUGUGACUUCACUGAGGAGGAACUGAACCAGAUUCUUAACGGCAUGGAUGAAAAACUUGAUUCCCCUGAGGAGCUUGAAAAGAAAAGAAUAUGCCGCAUCAUCACCCGAGACUUCCCACAGUAUUUUGCGGUGGUGUCCCGGAUAAAGCAGGACAGUCAUUUGAUUGGACCAGAGGGCGGGGUCCUCAGUAGCACCCUUGUGCCCCAGGUCCAGGCUGUCUUCCCUGAAGGAGCCCUGACCAAGAAGAUCAGAGUUGGGCUACAGGCUCAGCCCAUUGAUGUUGAGUUGGUGAGAAAGAUUCUUGGUAACAAAGCCACAUUCAGCUCUAUCGUGACAUUGGAGCCGAGGAGAAGGAAGUUCCACAAACCAAUCACCAUGACAAUCCCUAUUCCCAAGAGCUCCAAUAGUGACGGGCAAAGCAGCGGAGUGUACAGUGGGGAAACCCCGACCUUACGUUUGCUUUGCAGUAUUACAGGUGGAACCACUCCUGCCCAAUGGGAGGACAUCACCGGAUCCACACCUCUCACCUUUGUUAACCAAUGUGUGUCCUUCACCACAAACGUAUCAGCAAGGUUCUGGCUGAUAGACUGCAGACAGAUCCAGGAGUCUGUUAAUUUUGGCUCUCAGCUGUACAGAGAGAUCAUCUGUGUGCCAUACAUGGCCAAGUUUGUCAUUUUUGCUAAAACGCUGGACCCCAUCGAGGCUCGCCUGCGCUGUUUCUGCAUGACAGACGACAAGAUGGACAAGACCCUAGAGCAGCAAGAGAACUUCACUGAAGUUGCCCGCAGCCGAGAUGUUGAGGUGCUGGAAGGAAAACCCAUAUUUGCUGACUGCUUUGGAAACCUGGUGCCUCUCACCAAGAGUGGACAGCACCAUGUGUUCAGCUUCUAUGCCUUCAAAGAGAACAGACUGGCCCUCUUCAUCAAAAUUAGAGACACAGCACAGGAGCCGUGUGGUCGAUUGUCCUUCACCAAGGAACCACGCACAUAUCGUACUCUUAACCACAAUGCUAUCUGCAACCUUAACAUCACUCUCCCAACAUACUCAAAGGAGUCUGAUUCAGACCAAGAUGCAGAUGAUGAGAGUGAGAGGAGUGACAAGAAAUUGGAUUGGCAGGAUGAUGCUGACAGGAAAGAAGAGACAUUAACUAUUGUUGCAGAUCUUCUUGGCUUCAGCUGGACUGAACUGGCAAGAGAACUGGAAUUCAGUGAGGAUGAUAUCCAGUUGGUGAGAACAGAGAAUCCUAAUUCCCUCCAAGAGCAGAGCCAUGCCUUGCUACAGCGCUGGGUUGAGCGGGAAGGCAAACAUGCCACAGAGGACUGUCUGAUUAAAAGACUAACCAAGAUCAACCGCAUGGACAUCGUCCAUCUUAUUGAAACCCAGAUGAACAAGUCUGUUCAAGAGCAAACAUCUAGAACGUAUGCAGAGAUAGAGAAGACACUGGAUCACAGUGAAGUGUCAGUAGCCCUGUCUUCAGUGCAAGACGAUGCAGACAGCCCCAGAAUUGUGAGAAGAGUGGAGUCAGACCGCAGACCACCCCCAGCUGUUUCUGAAGAGGACCUAUCAGUUGCUUCCCUACUGGAUAUUCCUUCCUGGGCAGAGCCUGUUGGACACACUCCCUCAGAGAGCAUGCAUGGUGACCUGUUGGAGGAGCUCGAGAUCCCACAUGAAUUGAACCCUAACCUGUGGACCUCUGAGGAUGUAAUUACACAAGAACCUCCAAGUUACGACAAUGCGGAUGAGCAAGCUGAUGAAAUGCCUGACCUCCCCACUCAGUCAGUGACAGAAGAAAAGUACAAGGAUGAAAAUGGGCACAUUGUUGUCAAAAAGGUAACGCGUAAAGUUAUUCGUAAAUAUGUAUCCGUGGAUGGUGUGGAGCUUGAAGAGGUGUCAUCAGAAGGAAUUCCACAGCGGUCCGUCAGUAUGGCAGAGGGAGAUGGAUACUCUAAGGUGGUGAAGCGGACUGUAGUGAAGAGUGAGGGAGACCACACAGAGGUAACAUUUGCUGAAUGUGAGGGUUUCUCAGCAUCAAAUCAGAAGACAGCUGAUGGUUGUAAGGUCAGUCACGUAGAAAGGACAACGGUGCUGGAGGGUGACAGGACAAUGACACACCAGGGUGAUCCAUCUUUGUCCUCUGACCUUCCCUCAGCCCAAGACGACUUCAAACAGGGCCCACAUGCGUAAAGGUUGCACUCACAGACAAACAGUGGUGAAGGAGGCUGGGCAGCGCAAACAGGUCCUUCUAGAGCAAGUGGACAACCCCAGAAAAGGGUCAAAACCACGUGACCUCCAGCAGCAUCUCCACCAGCUCUUUCACCGCUACUACGAAGAACAAAAGGAGGACACCGAUGUGGACGAAGAGAAGGAGGAAGAGUAGAAGAAUGUGUAACACUCCCCCACUCCCUGGCUCUGCCCAUGCUAAAGUCCCCCGCCCCUGAUCCUAUGCAUUAGCAACAUGCAAUCCCAGUGUGCACCACUGCACCUCAAAGCUACCACUGUCUUCCCAUUUAAGUCCUGGAAGAUGACCUUUUGUUCACAAUUAGUUUUCUUCCCUGGCUGGUAUAAUGUAUUCAUGAUUUUCUUUUCAUGUUCUAAUGUUGUUUUGCCUUUUUGUGACCAAAGAAAGCUUUCUGUUGUUUUCCUGAUUAAUUUUACUUUCCAUGUCAGAAUUUAUAUUUUUGUCUUGAUGCAGUGGUAGAGCAACAACAAACAAAAAAAAACACAAAGAAAACAGGAAUACUAUUCACUUCAACUAACUCACAAACCUCCUGAAGGUAAAGAACGAUUUACCUGCAAAAUACUGGUACUACUCUCUUGAGUAGGUGCUUGGACUGAAAGACAAUAUCUCUUACACUGCACUGCCUCUCACAACCAGAGUUUCUCAGAUAUUCCUUACUUAAAAACGGUCUCACUCAAUGUACUAGCCUCUCCGCUCUUUUUGAUUCAUGUGGUCAAGAUGUCACACAGAGAAAACCAGACUGUAUCGACACUGAAUUUAACUACUGCUGCUGCUGCUGCUGUGUUUUGUGUAGGCUAUGUGUAAUCUGUCUUUGGGAAUUAUAUAUUAUCUAUAAUCUAGACCUUACUGACAUCAGUAGCCUAGGAAUUAAUAAUCACUCAUGUGAAGUAGAGCAGGCAUGACUAAUCAACAUCUGUCAUUAUGAUCCUAGCUUUGACUGCUUUCUAGUUGUAUGGAUUGCCCUUCUGCCUCUCUUUUCCUUCUGUAUGUGUCUUUCUCUCCGUGCUUUUUUGUUUAAUUUGAGUGUUUUUCUUUUCUUUUAAAUUGUUGAGCAUGACUCCUACUGUAUGAAUGGUGAAUGUGUGAGUGAGGUUGUACUGUGCGAACUGUAUGUUUGUGAGUUUAAUAUGCUACUGCAUUAUCAGCUGGUUUGCAGAGGGUAUUGUAAGUGAUAUUAUAAGCUGAUUUUAAACAGUUUUUUGAAGAUGUUUUAGUUUAUUAUUGAUUUUGAGUUUUGUUUACUAGUAAGUAUAGAAAGCUUAUAUAAUCUUUGUUUGCCACUGGUUUAAAAAAAAAAAGAACAUCACAGCAGUUUUAGAAGGUCUGAUAUGACAUUUGUGGUGAGGUGAUCAGGCGUUCCUGCUUUAUUUAAUGUUAGAAUUUUAUUAGUUUAUCUUUUGAACGAGUGUUGGACCAGUUGUUGGAAGUAUGCUUGUGUGUGAGUGAAUGACAGCGUGUGCAGGUUUCUGUCAGCGCAGAAAAGAAACAUUUAUUUUACACAAACCGCGUUUGCACUCCUGAAUGUCAGGAGGAAGCACCUCCAUGCUUUUUUGUGCACAGGAUAUGAGGUACAGUAUAUCUUAGCCACAGAGAAAGUUUAAUUUUGGCAAGGCAGAUGAUAAAUACAAGAUAAAUGAUACACCAGGCACACGCGCAAUGAGGCAGGUUGAGAGCUUAAACAUACCAUUACUCACAGCUCUGAGCAUCGCUACUGUAUGUAUCUACAACAUGUAAUGUAUUUAUUUCACUAUCACUGUUUACUUUGUGAUUUAGAAAAAUAUGUAAAAUGCAAACUAGUGGAAGUUCACUGUGACAGGUAUGCUUUUAAUUUGAAGAAUCAGCAUCCCUUUUCUGUGAUGAUGACAGUUAUAUACAUAUACAAUGCAUAUAUAAAUAUCUAUAAGGGCAUGUAUUACUGUAUCAAAAUUCAAAAAGAAAAAAACAAAAUGGCUGCAGUGUGUCUAUGGCUCAUAGAGAAUAAAAAUCUACAAAUGUA